AUGGGAGACAUCGGCCAAACCGCCGAGCAUUGGAUGCCCCCAAUGACGCCCCAGGCGCUACCUAUGGGCAAAGCAAACAUUUACCCAUCAGAUGAGGGACAUGGUGUUAGCGUUUCCUUGCCUACAUGGGAUUCAGUAAUUGGGCUGUCUCGCAAGGAACCAUGGGUUUUGGACCAGCUGGAAUGCAGUUAUCCUCGUAAGUGCCUUGCAGCCUUGAGGGACUCCAUUACCAGUGAGGAGGACCCAGCGUCGUUGGAGACUGUCCGCUUCUUCAUGCCUCUAGAGCCAGCCCGAGGGGUUAUAACCUUUCAUUGGGCGAAUUUCUCUGCCGUCCUUCUACCAUCCACACUGUGGAAAAGGGCAAUGGCAUUCUGGAGGGACAGUGGUAGUGGUCUAUCUACGCGGCAUGCAGAGUUCUGUAUAGGCGAGCUGGGUUACCUCGACUCUGAUUCAUCCAAUGCUGUAUUCUGCAGUCCGGCCCCCUUAGAAAGGGACAAUCGCCAAACUACACAAUUACUAGAUCGUGUACAGGGCGCAGCUGGCAGUAUGCCUGAGCUAAAGAGGAUCAUUGCGGAGCUAGCGACUUCUGACGAGCCAGGCGAGCCGGCUGUGCAUCCAAACGAUGUAUUUCCUUGUCCCACUGGAAUGAAUGCUAUUUUCUCGUUGUCUGAGAGUUUAGUUUCGGUGACAGCUGAGUCAACUGUGGUUGCCUUUGGUUGGCUAUAUCCAGAAACAGUCGAAGUGCUCCGAGGUGGUGGUUGGAAAAACUGCCUCUCCUAUAAGCAUGGCACAGAGGAGGAGCUGAAUCAGCUGGAGAACUUGCUCCAGUCGGGUCUGAAGAUCGCAGCCCUGUUCUGCGAGUUGCCCAGCAACGUCUUACUGUCUUCCCCGAAUCUCCGCCGAAUCCGUGCUCUUGCCGAUGGAUUUGGUUUUAUCGUUGCUUGUGAUGAUACCGUGGCCGGCUUCGUGAAUCUGGAUGCCAUUCCAUUUGUAGAUGUCAUGAUAUCCAGUUUGACGAAAACAUUUAGUGGCUCAUCUAACGUCACCGGAGGGAGUCUCGUGGUAAACCCCAGUUCUCGGCAUCGUGAUACAAUCAAAGCAGCUUUGUCCGCAAACUACGAGGAGACGUACUUCCCCCUGGAUAUCCUUGCGCUCAUAAACAACUGCAAGAAUAUGCCCUGGCGAGUGAAGAGAUGCAAUGAAAGUACCAUUCCGCUUGUCAAUCUACUUAGCUCACACCCGUCAAUCGCCACGGUUCAUCAUCCAUCCACUGCGCCAACUUCAUCUCUAUACCAAAAUGUGAUGCGCAAAGAUGGAGGCUACGGUAAUGUGAUGAGUAUCAUCUUCCAUCACCCGGCCAGCGCUGAACAUUUCUACAAUAUACUUGAUGUUUGCAAAGGUUCCAGUUUCGGAACUAACUUCACUCUGGUGAUUCCAUAUGUGCAGCUGGCGAAUUACUGGAACAGAGAAAAGGUCCCAAAGUGGGGUGCCCCAACACAUACUUCGCGUUAG